AUGACAAAGAGAGGGGCAAGCAAGGAUGAAAAGGUGGAGGCAUGGGAGCAAGGAAGAAUGGGAGGCAAGGAGGCAGACAAUAAAGGUCACUCGGGUACAGUCCACUCGGGUACAGGCCACUCGGGUACAGUCCACUCGGGUACAGUCCACUCGGGUACAGGCCACUCGGGUACAGGCCACUCGGGUACAGGCAUCUCGGGUACAGGCAUCUCGGGUACAGUCCACUCGGGUACAGUCCACUCGGGUACAGUCCACUCGGGUACAGGCAUCUCGGGUACAGGCAUCUCGGGUACAGGUCACUCGGGUACAGGCCACUCGGGUACAGUCCACUCGGGUACAGGCAUCUCGGGUACAGGCAUCUCGGGUACAGUCCACUCGGGUACAGUCCACUCGGGUACAGUCCACUCGGGUACAGGCAUCUCGGGUACAGGCAUCUCGGGUACAGGCCACUCGGGUACAGGCCACUCGGGUACAGGCCACUCGGGUACAGGCCACUCGGGUACAGGCCACUCGGGUACAGGCCACUCGGGUACAGGCCACUCGGGUACAGGUCACUCGGGUACAGGCCACUCGGGUACAGGCAUCUCGGGUACAGGUCACUCGGGUACAGUCCACUCGGGUACAGGCAUCUCGGGUACAGGCCACUCGGGUACAGGCCACUCGGGAUACCGGUAG